AGCGACGAAAAGUUAGUCGGCAAUGAGCGAGUGAUUCUAGCAGACGUGCCCAAUGUUACGUAAAACGUAAAGAAGAGAUUUUAUGGUAUUUAACGCCCCAUGUUAUCAAACGACCACCCGACCAAAAACAAAACAACAACAACGACCCACGUCAUAAACAAACACAUUAAUAACCCGGAGGAAUGCCGUUUCGUACAUCGACGCGCGGUGUUUUUUGCAUGUUUAUCGUAGGAAGCCGCGUCCUGACGUUGCCGUUUUGAUUUAUAUUUUGUCAAGAAUCGAAACACGUAAACAGGCCGAUUACCAUAAGGCGGGCGCGACGACUCUGCCUUCGACGCGCGUCGAUGAUGCAAAUUGGAUCGCCCGGAAUGCGGCUAGUUCUACGAGGACCGUUACGUAAACUGACGUACACGCGGCCGUCCAGUUUGAAAUAAUCUUCCAGAUACCGAUCGAUCGGAUCCGGUAUGACGUUAUCGCCAUCUUCUAUAAAACUACCGGCUCGGGCCACGAGCGGAACAGAAGCGAAUCGUUCUUUGUGCGUAUACGUCACACUGUCCACAUAGCCUACUCGACGAGAGUAUCAGUCGUCAGCAGCGUUUAUUUACGACAAAUUGCAGCAUUAUCGCAAGCAUGGUCGGUCUUGCCGGUGUUUUGUGUUUCUGUGCAAUGUUUGGUGGACUGAGAGGGUCCGCGAUACCCAUGUGGGAGUUUUUGAGUAAACAGGAGAAGACGUCGUACAUCUAUUCGUUGUUCGCGCACCAAGUGGAAAACCACUGCGAAGGUUCAAACGUGCCAGAAUGCGGCAGGAGGUUGCUGAAAUACGGCCUCGGCACACUGAAAAACAUGCCGGAGGAGAGGCUCGAUGCGAUGGACCCCUACCAGAGGGGCGCCAACAAUAUAAUUUGGGAAGCGUUAAUGGAAGGCCACCCCCUCAUGAAGACCACCCCCAGACCAGCGUCGUCGUCGUCGUCGACCACCGCCAAACCGAACUCGUACGAAGAUCAGCUCUUCGGCGGCGAUUACGACGACUUCGGGUCCGAGAGCGCCGCCUCCGUGAAAUUCGACAACGUCUAUGUAGUACCGCCCCCAAAGGACUUCAUCGUCCCGAAAACGGAACCAGGCAGCGAGAAAAAUAAUGAGGAACAGUCGGUAUUCACGAGGUUCCAAAACGACUUCAGACCCAUCGCCGUAACGACGGAGAAAGUGGUCGGCGCAGAAGAAGCCGCCGUUCUUUUAACGGGGCCGAUGCUGGUAAAGGUUUUCCCCGACGGCACGCCCGUGAGAGAGUCGACUGUCCUCCCCCAAGAUGAAGACUUAAGGCAGUACCGGCUGUCGAAAGUGAAAGUACCUCGUUUGUAGACGGCGGGACGCCGCGAAUGAUGACUUCAUUGUGUGGCAUAAAAGGUACCGUCGGUGACGUCACGCGCUCGGUACCGAAUACAAACGACGCUUGUGAUAUGUAAUAUAUAUUUAUUGACUCAUCGGUGCGUGUGAGGGAGAAAGAAAGGGGCGCGGACGUAAGCGGCGUGAUUUUUUUUAUUUAUUGUGAUUUAUUAUUUAUGAGGCUAAGUUUGUUUGUAAGGAUUUGUAAAUAUUUGCUUGCGUUGUGAUUAGAAAUGUGAAUUCCUAUUAGGGUCGCGUAGCGCGGAAAUUAAAUUUGUCAAUAAAAUUUAUUUUUUUUUAAAAGACAUUUAGUGUUUUUCCCAGCCUCCCCCCCCCUGUUAGGUACGUCACAAUUAACUGUCGCCAUAUUCCACUGGGCAAUCCAGACCGCAUGAUCAAACAAUUGUAACAGGUGUGUGUUAGUCAUUUUGAGAUAGAGAGUCAUUACUUAAACAAAUUAUUUCAAGAAAAUCUCGAUAUUGGUAUAAUAAAAGAACUUAAAAAUAGUGAUUUCUUUGCCAUAUGAAAUGUUUUUUAGAUAGAUAUCAGAUGAAAGUACAAUUAGUAGAUGGUGUACAUCCAUAGUCUGGACUAUUCAAUUAAUGGAGUUCCACUAGUCACCAUUAUGGAUAUUAUAAGUUAUUUAGUGUUUGCCUUAUUAUUGAGUUGUAUGUAGGACAAAGAUAUUCCGAAUUAAUUCAAAUACCAAAAUAGAUUUUUCUGUUAGCAGGGUAGAAAUUUCAGCAAUUGAAAGGGCUUUUAGGAAUCAAAAUUAGAAGUUUAAAUCGCUGUCUUUAAUAAAAACGAUUUGCUAAUCAACAAAAAUGGUAUUCAGAAUAAAAGCAACAAUUUGAAGAUUGUCUAAUGAACAUGUGGCAGUCCAAGAAGAUUACUUCACUUAAUUGAACAAUUAAAAACCAUUAUAUGAGAUACAAACUUUACAUUGUAAAUCACGAAAAGAGACAAUUUCGUCAGUAUAUUAUUUUGUAUUUAUCAUUAAAACCUAUUCUUUUCAAAACAAAAAUUCUUUGUCAGCAUAAUAAUUAAGGUAGGCAUGUAUCAAGUCAAUACGCUCAACGAUGUUCUUUUUCUCAAAUAUUUAAACACAUUUUAAGCAUAUUUCUUCUGUAAAUCCUCAAAAAAGUUUAAGAUCCCAAAAAUAUAUUAAAAUAUAUCAAAAUAAGUCCACCAUACUUAUCUUUCUGUGAUAUUUUUUUGAUCUUUAGUAUUUUGAGAUUUAUAGCAGGAUUGCCACAGUACAAAUGUGAAUUAAGGUUUCAAUAUUUACCAUUUAAAUCAGCCUAAAAAUGUGUGCGUGUAAAAGCCUGCUUUGUAAACUGACCGUUAAUUUUAAUUUUAAGUUAAACAAGUUUUUGCUAUGAAAGCUAAAACUCCUAACUCUCAAUCGCAGGGUAUAGUGGUAUCUUUGCUAAAUUAUUUUCAACAAGAAAAGGAUAAUGCACGACCAUUAUUACCACUUACCACUAUCCAAGAUAUUUGUAUAAGUAAUGAAAAUGUGGAUAUCACUAAAUAUAAACGUAUCCACUGUGAUAAGAAUAAAAAAGCGUUUAAAAUCAAAUCAAAGUCACCAGGAAAGAAGAGAUCCCGAAAAAGACCAACACGACUGAUUUAACUGAUGUAAUUAAUUAAACUUUAAAUAGAAGUCUUAAAGGACAAGAACUUGCUUUUAUCAGCAAAAGUUUUUUUCAGAGAGUAUUAUUAUUCACGAUAGGUUUUAAAUUCAAAAAAGUUGUAUACCGAAGAUAUCUUGUGGCGCAAACCCAUGUUUUUUUUUUCUUCGAACUUUAAGAAAUUACGAUUAUAUCAACACUUCCUCUUGUCAGGCCAUUUUCAUGAACAAAACGUGGACAUUUUCUAAAGGGAAUGCAAACAAAUCUUGGCAGGAUUCCAAUUCAAUAAAACGAGUAAGAAAACUACUCGAAAUUUAAGGGGCAGCGGGUCCAUGUACCAAAAUCUGCAGAUUACCAUGCCGAUAUUCAUUAGAUCGUCAAAAGAAAAGUUACUUUCCAACUUAGAAGAGCAGUCAGUUAUAAUUAUAGAUAAUGCUUCAUAUCACAGCACUCUAUCAGAAAAGGAUCCCUGUACAAGUUUUUCUAAAAAAGAGAUGAGCGACUGGUUAGUUUAAAACAAAAUUGAAUGCCAACUAGCAAAACUAGAAUUAUUAGGUAAAGUAGAAAGAAAUCGCAAAGAAAAGAAAUAUGUGAUAGAUGAAAUCAGCAGAGGUAAUGCCCACGAAGUACGUCGUAUCCCUCCCUAUCAGUGUGAAUUCAAACAGUAUUAUGGUAGACAUAUCGGAAGAGACGGUCAUAGUGAUGAAAAUGUUUUAGCUAAUACAAGUUAUACCCGAGGAUAGGAAAAACUAUGUGGAACAUAUCAAUAAAAUUAUUUCAAAGUGGUAUGAAAUAGAGCCCAAAAUUUCACUGGAUUCAGAAAGUGACACUGGAAGUUAAUUAGCGAUGGAGCUUUAAGUAAAAAAAUUGUUAUUCUCAUUUACAACGAAUUAGUUUUUGUUUAUAAUAUAUUUGAAAAACGAUGUCGUGAUAUUCCUAUGUAAAAUGGGGAAAACUUAACACAUGAUAUAUUUUGCUUUUUAUAUAAUUUAUUUGUGGUGAUAUUCACCUAUUGGAGACUAAUUAAAAUUAAAUUGAUUUAUAAAAUAAAUUGCUCUUUAUAUCUCUUCUUAACACUCGUAUAUGCUUUUAACAUAAUACUUGUUUUUUGUUGUACUUUUUAUUUAAAUAUCUAAUUAAAAUUAAAUAUAUGCAAAAAUAUUUUACCAUAACUAUGAAUCAGCAAGAAAGUUACAAAUCUUAAAUAAUAAUAACAAUAAAAGCUAUUCGGCGUAAAAGAAGUGUAAACUUAUUAUAAUAUUUUAAUGGUCUCGAAUUAUUACCCAUUUAUGUAAGGAUCUUACCCUAGAAUACUUUUCCUUUUUGGACUAUUGUAAAUGACCUACUAACUAAAAAAAUAAAUAUAUAUCACUUGGGUUUCUCUAAGAUCAUAUUUCGUCAAAUAGCAAAGUAUUGUAAGCAGAAAUUAUACAAUUUUGAGAGUCCUUUACAACCAUUAAAUUCACUUGUGCGUGAGAUAACACUUACUAGUAUAUAGGCACACUCUUGUUCAAUUUUUAUAACAAAUAUUUUCCAGUGAGUAAACACACCAAAAAUGAAAACAACGAUGUCACAGACCUUUGAUAUACUGCGACAAUGGUAAUAACUUGACUCGGCGAUACCAGCAAUGUCCGCAUUUCGAAGACAUAUUGCGGCAAUUUUCCACAAAAAUUACUAUUUCGCAAUCGAUUCAGUUGGGGACAACGCAUACACGAAAGAUUAUUCCCAACUGUACUAAAAUAUUAUAACCAAGUGCAUUAAAUUUUAUGGUAGUAUUGACACUAUACAAUUUAUAGCUAUAUGUAUUUCGUUUUUGAAUUGUUAUUAAUAUUUGUGAGGAAUGCUUUCAAUUUCAUUAAAAUAUUCUUAAUUAGUCAUUUCAGAUAUUGAAUAGCACUGUUUUUGAUACCACUUAUCGAUAAAUGAUCACUAGCUUUGUUAUUGAUUUCAAGUAACUAACGAAAAUAACCUAAACUGUUUGAAAAAUUGUUUUUUUUUUUUAAUUACGUGU